GGCCCCGAUACUCCCACAACUAUCUGAGUGACAGUGACACAGAGGCCAAGCAGACAGAAACCAACGCAUAGCCCAGGGGAGUGGUGUGGACCCCUCCCACCCACUGCCGCCUGCUGCCACGGGCGCCUCUCUCGUGGGGCACAGGUCUCCCCCAUCCGACUGCGGAUCUGCACGGGACACCCCCGACCCUCUUCGGUCUGGGGGCUUCUCAGAAGGCUGGGGGUAUCUGACAUCUCCACGUGGAAGAGUGGAGGGAAGAGCAAUUCUGAAAAGAGAACUUUCUGCUCCUGCCUUGGGCCACCGUGGGUGGCAGGUGGCUUGGCACCACACGGAGCCAGCAGAUUGACCUCCAUGUCAGCGCCCCGCUCAGGGACGGUGGACAGAUUGCCUACUGGGACAUUCUCGGGUUGCUGGGUCCAUGGGGUGGAGUCUGGGGCAGGAAACAGCAAUUCCUUCCCCCUUGGCUUGGGGCGAGGGCUUUCUCUUCUCAGUGCCUGCUGUCUAUUUACUUUUUUUAAUUUAAACACCCAACCUCUCCAUCGCAGCUGUAUCCCUGAGAGUGGGAGGGGGGCUGCCAUGGCAGCUGGCCCGCCUCCCCACACCGGGAAUGACUAGAGGAAUCUCAGCUUCAUCUUUACUCUUCAGAGAGCAGGCCUUUCUCUGUGCAGCUGGAGAGACUGGUGAGCAGAGCUGGGUCCAGCUUCUUAAGAGUCCGAGUGGGGAGGGACUCUCAGGUGCUUCUGGGUUCAAGCUGAGCAAGCCUACACAAGACAGGGGUGUGGAUGUACCAGCAGGAACUUCCAGCCCCCACCCCUCUUUGUCUUAUCCGUGUGUUAUGUGCAAUGACCUAUUUAAAGUAAACCCGCUCCACCUACGCCAAUUCGGGGCUUAUCCAAGCACUGCCUCCCUCCCCCUCAGAACAAGUUGCCUGGAUCACAAGCUCAACUUGACAGGGAAGGCCUUGGGUGGAGGGCUUGUGACUGGAGAAACUGAAGAUGGAGGCUUUGGUCAGUACUAAUAUGUAUCAGACACAAGUCCUCACCCUGAGACCUGAGCCUGAGUCAUUUUUCUUCUUCUAAUCACCCUGCCCACACACAUUUAUCCAAGACAUGACAAUAUGGGGACUGACAGUCCCAGUCCCCGCCCCCCCCACAAAAAGAUCAUCCCACCAAUACCUCCAGACUUGGGGGCCCAAGGGCAGUGCCUGGUGCCGCUCCCAUCUGCUGUCCCCCUCUUCUCUCCUGCAAUUGGUUUGUACUCAUUGGGCUGUGCUCUCCUCCCCGUUUACCUGAUGUAUGGAAAUAAAUGUCCUUUUUCUCCUGGCA